AUGGAGGAGCCAUUAGAGGAAGUCGGCCCAGUUGAGGACCCAGAAACUUCUCAGAUGAAGGAUGAAGAGAACUCAUCCUGUGAUUCAGAAGUCCUAGAACCAGAAACACUGGUAAAGGUCAUGAAAAAGCUAACCUUGAAGCCCGGUGCCAAGGGGCCAGCACGUCGUCACCGUAGGCUCCGUCACCUGGUUGAGAGCAAACCUGUGGAGAACAAAAGUGAAAAAAUCCGGAGGGAAGUUCAGAGCGCCUUUCCCAAGAGAAAGGUCCGCACAUUGUUGUCAGUGCUGCAGGAUCCUAUAGCAAGGAUGAAGAGAAUGGCUCGGAUUGAGCAGAGACAAAGAAGGCUUGAGGGCAAGGAGUACAAAGGGAAGAAUGAGUCAUUCAGAUGUCUCUGCACUUUCUGCCAUUAUCAAGGAUGGGAUCCUUCUGAGAAUGCUAAAAUCGGGAAGAUCUAG